AUGAAGCGAGGCGCGGACCAGACGAGGUCGGCGCCGGUGCUGCCGCCGCCGCUAAAGAAUGGAUUCCCGAUCGAGUCGCCGCUACAUGCAGCCCUAAAUAAGAUGCUGCAGCAUGAUCACUCGAAAGCAACGAACAAACAACACAAGCCGGAAAAGGCCACAACGAACUUCUUGAACGAAUCAAACACCACCAGUGACAACCACAGCAGCCUCCCAGAAAACCCGCAGUUGUUUGCGUAUACAAAUGCCUUGCUCCACAGGGUGACUGGACGCUACCUGCCUGCGUCAGUAGUGGGCGACGGAGCCACCCAAGUCGCCGAGAUUGCACACAUUCAAACUGGUCGCGAAUUGCUGCUAGCCGUACAAAGCAUCCAAGAACUGUCCAAACAAUUCCACCAAGUGGCGCAGCUUGUGCUAGCCCACCGCAAAGAGCUGGGCAAAGUGCUGCUGAAGCUGGAAACGACCUACUUGGCGGUGUUUGAGAAAGUGCUCGAGGAAUCGCUUCGGUUUUACUACAAGUAUCGCCAAGAGCACGCCGAGGAGCGGCACCACCAGCGCAAGACCACGCUUGCACUAAACACCAAAGUCGAGGAGCUCGAAGAAACCAUUCGAGUAUUGACCCAUCAUAUCGAGGCAAAGGAAAUCCUGUUGAAGUCUCACCGCGUGCAGAUUCACGACUUGGAGUUCCAGAACUUGAGCUUGAAGCAAGACGAAAGUACAUGGCGAGCAAUGCAAGACGAAUAUCGGGAAUUGAAAAUGGACCGGUUGGACUAUGAAAAGCGAGAGCUGCACUUGCGAAAACGAGAACAAGACCUUUGGAAAAAACAAGUGCAAAUGGACGUGCAAAAUCGCCUCCUCGAACACCACCACCACGCAGAACAGGCUAGGGUCGUUGAGCAGUCUAGAGUGUUGAAAGAACAGCUUCUAAAACAACUGGAGGAGGCCCGUCGGGAGAAUGAUGAAGCACAGGAAGACGACCGGUUGGAACAUCUCUUGUUGUCGUCGAAUGCUGCUUUCGGCCAGUCUAGUACACCGUCGGCCACGUCCGUCGCCACCACCCAGACCCAAGUCGACGACGACGGUGUCUGGGACAUUCAAGAUGGCGUGCCCACAUGCGUGUCCAAACUCGCGCGGGUGCGCAUGGCUUGGCGGCGAUUCGAUGCAUUUGUCCAAUGCAAACUGUGCCACGGCCGCCCCAAACCGCACUCGGACACGGACAAAGCGUACGCCGAAGUGUGGGACGUCAAGGCGAUGCGAAAGCGAUGGCAGGCGGCCGUGGCUUCCGAGUGGCAGCUGCCCCUUGUCCUCCAGCAGUUCCUCACGCACUUGCCUCGAACGGUCAUGGCGUUUAAGUACUACACGCUGCCGGCGACCAUGGAUCGUGUGGAGGCCAUCUACGACGCCAAGUUGCUCGCAGACUGCCACGACGAAGGCGACGGCGUGGGCUACGAGCCGCUGCAUGAAUUUGUGACCGGUCAUUUCCUCCGCAUUUGCUCGGGCAGACAAAAGGCCGAAGUCGAGUUGUACCGCCUGCUCAUUUCCGUGAAAGCACUGUACCGUGGCUCGUCCAUGUUGUGCAUGUUUGCUCGGUUUAUGCAAUUCCUGCACCCACCAUCGACAUCGUCUGAAUCAUACCCCACCUCCCCAUCGCCUUGCAAGGGGUCGAAACCCAUCGAUCCCCAUGACGACGUGAAAGCGUCCAUGUCUAAAGUGGAAAUGGGGCAAAUUGGAUUGCCUAAGCGAUGUACUUUGAACCAAAACUACCUGCGGGUGUACUUGCAUGCCCGCCACCGCGCGUUUCACCACCCGACCGAAGGCACGUCCCACGUCAUUUGUGUGGACGGAAUCAAACGGUGGAUGCCCCUCGAGUAUGCCGUCGACGUGUUGAAAUGGUAUCUCGGCCAUCUCCCCGAAGACAAACUUCGCAUGUACUGCCGCCAACUCGAGUACAAUUCGGCUAUAUACGCAGGUCGAGCCAUCUCGGAUGCGACGGGGCAGCGCCUCACCGUUCGAGCGAGCAUGCGCCAGUCGAUGCUGGCGUUGUCGGCGGAUUCUACUGCUUCUCCGGACAAACAAAGUUCGGACGACGGAGUGAGUCGCCGCGAGAUCCCCGUGGUCGUGGUCAACGUGUACCUGGUACUGGAGCUCAUCAUGGAUGUACUCCAACUACGAAACAAGGAACUCGACGACGACCUCACGGCGAUGUUUGUGUCGGGCGAUGCAAACCACGACGGCGUGCUAUCGUUCCCCGAGUUCUGCGCGAUUUUACGCCCCCGUGUACCGCCUCAGUUUUCCGAUCGUCGGCUCUUGCGAAUGUUUCGAGAAGCGCUGAUAGAUAGCGACCACCACACCACAAAGGCAUUUUCGAUCUCAAUUCAAGCGUUUGUGAACGUGUGCACUCACCACGGCCUCGUGUCGCUUGUGGCUAGCGACAGACUCCAAAGUCCGUUCGAGGUGGGUGCCACCUUCGAGCCUCACAAACCUAAACACAACGAGUUGAUCAUGUCGUCGUCUGGGACGUCUUCUUCGUCGCACAGCCCGGUCAAGAAGAAGAAAUCCAAGGCGUCCAGCAACAAGCCGCCCCCCCUGAACGUACUCGACUCGAUCUCCGAAGACCCCCCCUCAACGCUCGAGGCGAACCAGCCAACAACCACGACGACGACGAAAGUGCGAUUGUCCAAGACCCAAGCCACGGACGGGCAGCCCCAGCCUCCCUCGCCCCCGCGUACAAACAACGAUCCGUCGUGCGACUCGACUUUGACACGGGGCGACAGAAGUACGGACUCUGUCGACAAGAAACCAAACACAACGGACACUAGCGAUGUCAUUGAAGAGCACAUUCAAGAGAUUGUGAGCCCGCGAUCGACCCUUCUCGAAGCCUCAUACGACGACGACACGGAAGAAAUCCAAGAGGAAAUCAACCUACUCCUCGAUUUUGUGUGACGAAUAGGAUACAUGUAAAUAAAACACCAC